AUGGCUGCAAGGGGUCCAUGCCCCAUGGUGCUGCUGCUCUCUGCACUGCUGUGCCUCUGCCUGGUCCAGUUCACCCAGGGUGCCAGCUUCCAGGAGUUUGUGUCCGAGCAUGUUGACUACCCCAAGACCGGCGGUGCUAAGAGCAGAUCUUACUGCAACGUCUUGAUGCAGGAACGGGGCAUGACCACGACCAGCUGCAAGCCUUUCAACGUCUUCAUCCAUGCCCCUAUCAACCAGAUCAGAGCCCUCUGCACCAGUCUUGGGGAGCAUUUCAGAAACGACCUCUAUGACAGCAAGAAGUCAUUCGACCUCACUGUAUGCCGCCUGGUGCCCCGGACCUUCAGGAGGCCUUGUGUCUAUUCGUCCGGGUCCCAGACCCGCAGGAUCCGGGUGGCCUGUCACAACCGAUUACCUGUGCGCUUGGAGCAAAUCCUGUAGGGCUCAAGGGCUAGGCCAUGCAGAGAGCAUCCAGCUUCUUGCACAACCUGCCUUUGCUCUCAUGACAUGCCCUCCUGCUUUCUGCUCUUCCUAGGCUAAUGCUCACUGAGUUUCCACAUUCCAGUUGCUUGGGGCCUCGGGAUGGGAUCUCCCAACCUUCCCUCAAUGUGCAUGAGCACGGGGCAUCCAUCUCCCACCCCUCACCUUCUGCUUCCUGCUAGUGUCCAUUAUACAGUGAAGCCAACCCUUCCCCAUCCCUUGUCCACUGAGCGGGUAGAUGUUGACUGUGCAGCGCGGGGAUUUGACCGUCUCUGAUUGCACCUUGGAAAAUGGAAGUCUGCUCAAUUCUCCUGCUGUUCUUGCAAUAAACUACUUCCCUGCAAAUU